AAGAGAGAGAGGGCGGGACGACCAGUUGCUGGAAGUUCCUGGAUGAAUCCAACCUCCCGACCUGAGCUCCACAGGAACAAACGGAACUUGACCAAAACACAUUGUUACACGGUGCCACGCGGGACGAGACGGUGCCGACCUAUUUUCUUCUACCGCCAUGUCCUAUCAGGCACGAUCAACGACCCCACCGUUGAACUCUGGAGGAUCACCAACCACUGUGUCAAAAGAGUCCCUCAGGCCUCCAGUGUGCAAACACCGAGACCGCUCCCCCUCCCCCAUACGGGGCUUUAAUAUACCCAGCCCCAUGCCCACUCGCAGGAACAGGACCUGCUCAGCGACUGCUCGUGCAGCAGAGGGUCCGGUUUUUUCUGGCGUGUGCAAAUGUUUUUCCCGCGCCAAAGGUCAUGGCUUCAUCACACCUGCGGAUGGAGGAAGUGACAUCUUUGUCCACAUCUCAGACAUUGAGGGUGAGUACGUGCCAGUGGAAGGUGACGAGGUGAGCUACAAGUUGUGCUCCAUCCCUCCAAAAUUCGAGAAGGUCCAGGCGGUCGAGGUAACCAUCACCCACCUUAAGCCGGGAACCAAACACGAGACCUGGACCGGAAACGUCGUCAACGGCUGAAUGCUUGAAUGGCACGUAGAACGACGAGUACUAGACGAUGGGGUUAACUGCCUGAAGCACGCAAUUUGCUUAAAAUCAUUCAUCUUUUUUUGCCCUCUGGCAAAUGGAAGUCUAUACUUUGGAACAAAAACAUAUAGUUGGUUUGACGGGUGUAUGAAUAGAAUUAUGGUGGACAUACUUAUUACAUAAAAGGCUUACAAUAUAUUGUCACACCGAACUUUUUGACACUUGACCUUGUUUGAAGUUGUGUCAUUAUUUGAAAAUAAGUACUGUAUUUGCCUUGCAGUUUACCAGCUUUCUUUGCUACAUUAAGGCCACAACUGAAAUCUUAAGGCUGUUGUUAAUUCAUAUUGGAAUGUCUGGUGGUCCAAUGUUGCAAAAUGUUUCUUUUUUCUUUUAACCAGGUCAACACUGUGCCUAUUUCUGCCAUCAAAACUUAAACUUCUUGUGCCUAUUACACGUGGCCUGUAUUUGAUCAUGUGUGGUUGGAUAUAGUGAGUCUAUUAAAGAGUUGUCAUCGUGUGA